AUGGUCUCAGCGCCUUCAGAUGCCCCUUUGGAUGCAUCUCAUCCCACCAAUACUACGGCCCAGGAGCCACCAGCAUCUAAGAGCUUCUCGUGUGUACUAUGUGCUCAACGAAAAGUCAAGUGCGAUAAGCGGCCGGAUGGUUGUGCGAACUGCACCAAGAUCCGGGUUCGAUGUGUUUACAAGGCCCCACCUCCAGCCCGACGAAGAAAGAAGGGCGUGCGCGAAAUCGACGUAGCUACCAGGUUACGCGUGUACGAAGACGCGCUCCGCCAACUCGGAGUGGAGCCAGAAGACUUGGUCAAGCAACACUACGCGAAGGCUACACGUGGUGAAGAGUUGGUGACUGGAUUCAAUGGUUUCCUGGAACCACAUGGGCCUAGUCGAGCGCGAAAAGCACACGUAGCAUCCGAAGUUGGUGUCCUCGUGUUGGAAGAGGGUAGAUCGCGAUACUUGGAGAACGGAUUAUGGACAAGCUUGCACGCUGAAUUUCGUGAACCCAAGGACAUCCUCGAUGAGUCUUCAGAUGAAGAGGUGUCCGGAGGUAACUACAAUGUCCCACUGUCUCCGUCGGCCACGGAUGGCGCCGCACUGGUCAUGGGCGUGCACUCAACGUCGAGCAAUCUUCUGUCUCUACACCCGAACCCGGUCCAGAUCUUCAAAUUAUGGCAAAGCUAUCUCAGAAACAUUCACCCGCUGGUCAAGAUUUGCCACGCGCCGACGACUCAGCAGCUCAUUUUAGACGCAAGUGAUAAUCUCCAUGCUCUUCCCCGAGAUACCGAAGCCCUUCUAUUUGCUAUCUACUGUAUAACUGUAGAGUCGUUAGAAGAUGUUGAGUGCCUGCUGAUACUGGGAGAGCCGAAAGGCAUAGCGACUCAACGAUUCCGGCAAGGUGCUCAGCAUGCAUUGGCCAAUGCAAACUUCUUAAGAAGUUCCAGUGUCAUGCUGUUACAAUCGUUCACCCUGUUCGUUCUGUCUCUACAGGACUUCGACGCCAGAGUGAUCUGGAUCUUUUCCGGUAUCGCACAAAGGAUUGGCCAACGCAUCGGUCUUCAUCGUGAUGGCGACACUCUGAAACUACCGCCAUUCGAAGCAGAGAUUCGUAGGCGCCUCUGGUGGCAGAUCAUGGUGCUCGAAGGCUCGUCUCAGAAGCUCGCUGGAACUGGCACAUCUGGUAUGAUCCUUCGAGGCGAUGUGGGAAUGCCAUCCAACAUCAAUGACAGCGACUUAUUCCCAGGAAUGAGAGAGAUGCCAAAGGAACACGACGGCGCCACCGAGAUGAUGUUUUUCCUCAUUCGAUGCCACGUUGGAGAUUUUCUCAAGCGAUCAGCGGAAGACCAUACUACUUUUGAUGGCCUUUGGCACCGACUCAGUACAAGCGCGGUACAAGUGGCUACCAAAGACAAAGCCAUCAAUGAACUUGAAAACCUUUUCCAGCGGAAAUUCCUAUGUUAUUGCGACCUAUCUAUACCUUGGCACCUACUAUGUAUGCAUCUCGCCAAGUCUGUCCUCUUCAUGAUGAGGUUCAUGGCUCACAGCACCGACUCUUACAACGUUGAUAUCUCUGCCAAGGAAAAAGACAUGUUAUUUGAUCUGGCUCUCCAGGUCGCAACUUCGCAGAACCUGGCAUACACUACGAAGGAGCUGCGUGGCUUUAGGUGGCAUGUCAACCUAAAUUUCCAGUGGAAGGCUUUCAUAUACCUUAUCUCUGAGCUCCGUCAUCGGACUGGAGGAGAAAAGGUAGAUAGUGCUUGGGCAGAAAUUGAAAAGAGCUACACUUUCCACCCUAGUUUCGAUAGGGAUCUCUUGAAGCGAGCGCUUCCUAUAGCUGUUGACAAUCUCACAAUCAAAGCCUGGGGCGCCUACAAAGCAGCGCAGGGUGCGCCAUGUACUCCUGAGCCUCAUUUCAUUGAGCUUAUACGUCAGCGUCACCGACAACGCCGUCGUCCAGAUCUGUCCAACUCUAUCAUCACCGACGCAACCCUGCCGGCAAUGGCUUGGAGUAACGAGGAAAUCAAGAUCAAGGAUCACAUUCAAGAGAUUUCUAACGCGAACGAUGCGAACUCUUUCGACUGGGCCGAGUUCAAUGCUAGUCUGGGUCCGCCGGACGAUGUAACAGACCUGGCGUCUUUCGAGUUUCCAGAGCCGAUGAACUGGUCAACUCUGGAUGAUUUUUUGGUUGACUUGCGCAACAAUGGUGACGUCGAUACUAGUUUUGUGACUUCCGGAAAUAGCAAGAUGUGA